GCAGGGAUGCGCAGGCGGGGAGGGGAGCAGGAUGCUGCGGGAGCGGCUGUAAAACCUCCGCCGCCCCCAGAGGGAGGCAGGAGGAUCCUGCCGGGGGACAGGAGCAGCAGCGGUGGCUGUGGCCGUGCAGGGGUCCGAGCUCUGCUCUGCGGCUGCAGAAUCCGAGUCCCAGAGGCGCUUUUGGAGGAGCCGGGUUAAGGAGGGAGGCGGCUGUGGGGAGCUGGGUUACAGACACAGAGCCCGCGGUGGGCACCUAAAGGUCACCCCACACAUUCUCUUGCCCUUCCUCCCCAUUCUUCAGGAAGGGACCCUUUUGCCCCACAGAGAACCCACCCUGCCAGUCCAGCCUUGCUCAGCUAGGAAGGGAGAUUAAAGCCGACCCCAAUUGCAGACGGGUGGGGGAACCCCAGGGACAACCUGCAGAGAGCCCCGUGGGGCCUCUUCAAACACCUCAUGCGCACUAAUUGGCUUCAUUAGAGCAGCCAGUGAUGGCAUCAGCCCCUCUUUUGCUGGGGCUAGGGACAGCACUAAUGAGCCGGGAAAACGGCGGCGUCUGGCCGGCUCUGAAGGAGAGAAGAGAGCCCGUACGCUCGGUGGGAGCGUGUGUGGUGUCGACUGAACAAGAGCACAAGCUUAAUGAUCCUGAUUAAUUGGAGCCCGCUGCUUUUAACCCAUGUCUGGAGCUGUGACCGCACCGGUGCGCAGCCCCACGGAGGCACCGCAGCCCCCCGAGGUGUACCGGCCCCGGGGUGGACACACCCGCACAAAGACAUGUGGUGGCCCCUGGAUGCCACAGAGAGGCACCAGACCCUACAGACCCUUCAGAGAGGUGCUCGGAGGCUGGACCCUACAGAGAGGGACCGUGAGUCCCCCGCCCGAGCCCCGCGAGCAGGAAGCUCUCGGGCACGUUUCUACCGCUGGUCCCUCCGAUCCUUUCUGUCCCUUUUCAGCCUCCGUUAGCUCGGCCCAUGGGGGGCGGAGCCCCCACCCACUCGGAAGGGCCCGACCGGGACCACGUGGGGCGGGACCACCUGUUGGCAGCGUCAUGGCGUCGGCGCCCAAGAGGUUCAAGGCGGCGGUCGAGAGCGGCGCCCAGGGGAAGAGUAGUGCCGACCCCCUCUCCGGGUUCCUGGCAUGGUGCGGGCGGGCCGGGGUGGAGCUGAACCCCAAGGUCCGCCUGAGCAAGGAGGGCGCAGUGGCGGGGUACGGGAUGUUGGCCGCCGAGGAGCUGGAGGCGGGAGAGGUUCUGUUCACCAUCCCUCGCACAGUGCUACUGUCCCAGCACACCACCUCCAUCCACGCACUCUUGCAAGAAGCCCAGGAGUCCCUGCAGAGCCAGUCCGGUUGGGUCCCUCUCCUGCUGGCCUUGCUACACGAGUACACAGCCAGCAAGUCGCACUGGCAGCCGUAUUUCUCCCUCUGGCAGGACUUCCGGAGCCUGGACCACCCCAUGUUCUGGCCUCAGGAAGAGCGAACAAGGCUCCUGCAGGGUACAGGCAUUCCAGAAGCUGUGGACAAGGAUCUAGCUAACAUCUACCAGGAGUACAACUCCAUCAUCCUGCCUUUUAUGGAGACCCACCCUGACAUCUUUGAUCCCAAACUGCACACUCUGGAGUUGUAUAAGGAGCUGGUGGCAUUUGUCAUGGCUUACAGCUUUCAGGAACCUUUGGAGGAGGAGGAAGAAGAUGAGAAGGGGCCAAAUCCUCCCAUGAUGGUGCCUGUAGCAGAUAUUUUGAAUCAUGUGGCCAACCACAACGCCAACCUGGAAUACUCUCCUCAGUGUUUGAGGAUGGUUACAACGCAGCCUGUGGGGAAAGGACAGGAGAUCUUCAACACCUAUGGGCAAAUGGCCAACUGGCAGCUGCUGCACAUGUAUGGCUUUGCAGAGCCCUACCCUGGCAACACCCACGACACUGCUGACAUCCAGAUGGUGACACUGCGCAGGGCAGCUCUGCAGCGUGCCAAAAGUGAAGCGCAGCAGCAGCUGGUCUCAGAGCAGUGGGACUUCUUGUGCCAGCUGGAGAUGGUGGGGGAGGAAGGCGCCUUUGUGCUUGGCUGGGAUGAGGUGCUGACAGAGGAAGAGCUGUCCGUGACCCUCAAGGUGCUCUGCAUGUCAGAAGAAGAAUUCAAGGAGUAUAAGGAGCAAGAUGGCUGGGAAGAUGACAGUGAGGAAGAGGAGAACUCUACCCUUUCAAAUGAGGCCCUCUCCAGACUUAAAACCCCUUGCAAGAAGCUCCUUUAUGACAGUGUGCUGUUGACCCUGGAGUCCUAUGGGGCAGACCUGAAAGCAGAGCAGGACUUGCUAAAUAACAAGGAGGCUUAUGAGAAACUGAGUCGAAGGGAGCAGCAAGCCCUGCAUGUGCGCUAUGGACAGAAAAGGAUCUUGCAUCAGCUGCUAGAGCUGGUACAAUAGAAACCUCAGUGUCCCUGGACAGGACCUGGCUGGGGCUGAUCUUGAGGGAAAGGUCAGCCUCUGGCCAUCUCUUUUGUAGCAGAGAGAAUAGAUGGCAAGUCUGACUACGAGUCCAUUUGUCCCUCAUACAGCGGACAGAUUUUUAGCUACCUCUACAUAAAGAAGUAUAUUCACAGCACAAAGGUGGUUUUGAGUGGCCUUUUUGUACCAUGAGAGCUCUGGAGCACAAGUACCACCUUUUUCCAGAGGCCUUAAGAAACCUAGCCAUCCUAAUGGCUGUUUGAGGAAGGCAGACAUACACUGCCAGAACACCAGAGGAUUCCCUCAUUCAGCAUCAGAAAUUUAAGGCAAGAUCUGCUCCUUGUCUGGAUUAAGAGGGCAGAAAUGCAACUGGUAGCUCUUAUGUUGGAGAGAUUCAGAGUAUCUGCCAGGAAGACCUGCUGACAACACUAAACUCUUAAUCUGUACAUAUUUUAUGUUGAACAUUUUCAAGAGUACGAGCCCAUCUAGCUGGUUUUCAUGUAGGCUCAAUAUAACAAAUAUUUCCUUUUAUUUCCACAAGAUAUUUCUGCGUGGGCUUGAGACUACUCUGGAGGAGCACUGUCACAGUUGCACAGCUGCUGCAGGCUGAGAAUUUCAUACACACCCUCUCCUUGAUGCAGUUCUAGCCUGAACUCACUUUGGUUUUGCAUGACAAAAGACAGAUGGUUGACAGGCCAAGCUCUAUUUAAUAAAAACAAGUUUUCUUACCUAGCCCAUGCUUUCUACUUCAACAGGGUGUGAAGUCCCAUCUAAGAGUAAGGGGAUUGUUGCAGUUAAAGAGUAUUGCAGACAACCAGAACCCACAGUGUACUGGUGACAAAGCUCAGCUACAGCCCUGCCUGUAGUGUAGGGACAGGGUGAUUUAACAGUACUGAGGGGAGCUUGUUCCGGUUUCCCAGAUGGGACAAUAGUGAAUUUGACCAGGAUCUCACUGCCUCUAACCUUCAUAGAGAUGUUGUUAGAAUUGGUAUUUUGGUAUCCUGUGUCUCUCCAAAGAAAUCAUAUUGGAAAACGUACAUGUCAGAGUAUUACAUUUGGUAUCUUGGUUAAAGUUUGGGGUUUGGGUUAAAACUUGUUUUUUUAGAUAUGCACAAACUUGGUGAUGACCAAAGCCUAUAAAAGGUUUGAACACUGUGUAACAAGACUUUGUUAUAACUACUGUUUGUAAUGUUUGCCUGCAUGAACAUUGCAAGUUGCACCUCACUGGAGAAGGGCAUUUUGAGAACUUCACUUCUAGACUGUAUUUUUGGACCAUGAGGAAGCUUGGCGGGGGUUCGCUUACUAAAAAGUUGAUUAUGUAGUGGCCUCUGUAUCUAUUAGAGAAUUGGGGAAAACAGCAUCAGAAUGGAUCCUGCAAUUAAUGUUACUUUGUUGCCAGGAAGGAAAAUGGGGAAAAGUACCACAUGUUGAUCUGUUCUUUGCAUUGCAGAAUAAUGAUAAGGCUUUGAAGGAAUGGGAUUGAUGACAGCAGACUCAUGUUUUAGCACCAGAGAAAUAAAAAGAAAGUGUAAUUAAGAGAAUGAGGUAGACAAGGGAAAGGAAAGGGGGAAAUAAAUCAGAAAAGGGAUGGUAAAUUUGGUUGAUUGCUGUGACAGGGUAGGUGGUAAUGUAAGGGAAUCAGAUUUCAACUGGUAAAUUCUCAUCUAGUAAGAAAAAUUCAAUGUACUUACUGUAAGCAGAAGGGGCACUGGAAACAAAUGCCCACAGAACCCAGGGCAUAGGUAAUCCUCAAAGACUGGAGACACCACAAGUAGAAAGACUGCUUACACUCAAUUAGGAUUUAGACUGAGAGGCAGCUGAGAGCUCCAAAUAAUCCCCAACAGAACUCCUGGUCACAGUAAAUUUGGGGAAUGAAAAGGUUGAAUAUCUAAUAGAAGUGCAACUUAGAUGUAAAGGAGUCUUCAGUAAACAAAGCACAUAUAAAGCUGGAACCAUAGGGAAAAAGGAAAUAAGGCCAUUAUUCCAGCCACUCAAAUUUGGAAUUGUACAGAGUUUUAAAAGAUUUCUGUACAUAUCCAAAUGCCUAAUCUUAUUAUUAGGAAGAGAAUUAAGUAAAUUAAAUGAAAAAAAACCCCAACUUUGAGAAAGGAUAGAUCCAAGAACAUAAACCAGGAAAAAAAGCCCUGAGGGCACAAGUCUUUAUGUUACAUGAUCCAAAAGAGCUUCUUUACCAGAGAGGAAGAGAUACCCAAAAAAACAGAAAAUGGGAUGACUCCUCUCAUGUAGGUGACUGGCACUCCUGCAAGAUCACAAGAAGCAAAACUGGUAUUAACCCAAUUAAAACCAGGCACCAGAUGAGUAAGAUGAAAACAAUACCCUGUUAAAUUGGAAGCCAGAAAAGGACUAGAGCCAAACACUGAAAGAUUUACUAGCUUUGAGUUGUUUCAGGAAUGCCAGUGAGUUUAAUACCCCAAUUCUCCCAGUUAAGAAACCACACUCAGAUGAGUAUCAGCUAGUUCAAGAUUUAAGAGCCAUAAAGCUUGCACACAAGAUGGCUGUCAAUUAGGCUGGACUGUUUUACCUUAGGGAUUUAAGAACAGCCAUACAAUUUCUGGAAAACAAUGUAAAACUGAGUGUUCUUGGGACUGGAAUGGAAGGCAUAGUAAAACAUAUAGUGAAGAAGAAAUGAGAACUGUGUCCAAAGUUCCAGCUUCAAAAGGCUCAGUUUCAGCACAGCUGCUGACCUGGCAAAGAAAUGCCAUGGAAUUGUAGGACCUAGCAACAAUCUGCUCCUUGACACAGAGGUGACUAAUGCCUGGAACAGGAAGAGAGAGAAUUCCCUCCAAGCUGCCACCCACUGGCACAGCUGGCUCAGCGAUCCCUCAGAGCUGUUUUUUCCUCUAUGCAGUGAAUGCAAUGCCAGGUAUGGAACCUCUUAAACCCGAGUAGGAAAUACUGACCUCCCUGUGCACACCAAAGCAAGUCAACUAAAGCAGUCAGCUUUAACAAGCUGAUAUGUAAAAUGAAAGAAGUGAAGCUCUAUUUCCUAGCAUCUGCUAGGUUAAAGGACCUUGCAAUAUUAUUAACACUGAAGCUGCCUACCCUUACAACAGCUAACCACAACCUUGGGCAGAUUCCUGCUGCAGAGAGAUGACAGCAGGGUGGAAAGGCACUAGAAAUGAAACUGAUGGGCUGUCCACACUCUGUAUACCUCCACUGCAGUCUCCUGUCUGAGAGGACAACUCUGCUCAUGAACUUGCACCUAAGCCAUUUCUGUUUCCACACAACUGUCCUUUCUGAUGCACUUCAAAGCAAGAUCCUGUCUAGUCAUUACAUCUGCCCACUGACCUCGUGCUAGAGAGCAAACCCAGUUGCUUUCAACAGGCAGUGCCCAAAACACACUGGAAAACUGCAGGCUUUGGAUGGGUGGAACAGGCUUUGGAAGACAUCAACUGGCCAGGAUAAAUUGGAGAGAAUAAGCACAGUGGCACGUGCUGCAUGUCAUGACUUUAAUGUGUAACUACAGUAUGCAUACAUACAAGAGUGGGAGAACUAAAGCCCAAGAACUAGAAAGGCUACAAAAUACAACACGUGGACCAAUACUUUACAAAACAUUGAAAAUCCUUACAAAAUGGGCUGUAUUGGUCCUUUGGGUUUUUUGUUUUAAUUUUUUCUUUUUUUUCCUUUUUUUCGUUUUUUUUUUUUUACAAACUUAUACUGUGUGGUCACAGGGGAGGGUGGAAAAAGUUCUAGAUUUAACCCCUCAUCUUCCAAAAUUUACAACUGUCCAAAAAAAAAAAAAGAAAAAAUAAUAAGAAGGAAAAAAAAAAAAAGAA